AUGGGUACUUUCUCUCACGCCCUUUCCAUUCACUUUCCUUCUUCUCUGGCUUUCUCAAAACACUGUUAUUACUCCACCGUCACUACGACAGACACUGAUGACACUGAGAGGAACAGCAACGGAACUCAGUUUUUGAUUUCCAUGAGAAACCUAUGCAGGUCAGGUCAAGUGAAGAACUUUGGUGAAGCUUUGGACUUGUUUCAAAGAAUGGCUAGAAUGAAGCCUUUGCCUUCUGUGAAGGACUUUACUUUGUUGUUGGGUGUUAUUGUGAGAUUGAGGCAUUACACCACUGCCAUAUCUUUCGUUAAGCACAUGUAUUCUUCCCUAGGCAUAGAACCUGAUACCAUUACUCUUAAUAUUGUGAUCAACUGUCUUUGCCGUUUAAAGUUGAUAUCUUUUGGGUUCUCUGUCUUGGGGACUAUGUUCAAACUUGGUUUGGAGCCCACUUUGAUAACUCUCACCAAUCUCAUUAAUGGGCUUUGUGUGCAAGGCAAUGUGGCUCAGGCAAUUGUGUUGGCUGAUCAUAUGGAGAAAAUGGGGUAUCCAUUAGAUGUUUACACUUAUGGGGUGUUGGUUAAUGGGUUGUGUAAGAUGGGAGACACUUCGGUGGCGGUUGGAUGGCUAAGGAAGAUGGAAGAAAGGAAUUGGACACCUAAUGUGGUAGUUUACAGCACUGUUAUAGAUGGUUUGUGCAAGGAUGGAUUGGUAGCUGAGGCAUUAAAUUUGUGCUCUGAAAUGAGUGGGAAAGGUGUUUGGCCUAAUCUUGUCACUUACACUUGUUUGAUUCAAGGUCUCUGUAGUUUUGGAAGAUGGAAAGAAGUUGGUUCUAUGCUGGAUGAGAUGAUGAAAAUGGGAAUGAUGCCGGAUUUGCAAACACUCAAUAUUUUGGUGGAUGCUUUCAGCAAAGAGGGAAAAGUGAUGCAGGCUAAAAGUGUGAUUGGGUUUAUGAUUAUAAUGGGGGAGGAACCGGAUGUCUUUACCUAUAAUUCAUUGAUUCAUAUAUAUUGUUUGCAAAACCAAAUGAACGAGGCCAUGAGAGUAUUUAAUUUUAUGGUUUGCAGGGGCUGUUUACCAGACAUUGUAGUUUUCACUUCACUUAUCCAUGGAUGGUGCAAGAACAAAAACAUUAACAAGGCUAUGCAUCUGUUGGAGGAAAUGGCUAAGAUGGGAUUCGUUCCUGAUGUUGUCACUUGGACCACUCUCAUAGGUGGGUUUUGUCAAGCAGGUAGACCACUAGCUGCGAAAGAACUGUUUUUUAAUAUGCACGAACAUGGUCAAGUUCCUAAUAUCCAGACUUGUGCUGUUAUAUUGGAUGGCCUGUGUAAAGGAAAUCUUGUUUCUGAGGCAGUUUCAUUGGUUGGGGCAAUGGAGAAGAGUAACUUGGAUCUUAAUAUUGUCAUUUAUACAAUUUUGCUUGACGGAAUGUGCAGUGCUGGGAAAUUGAAUGCUGCAUGGGAACUCUUUUCUAGUUUGCCUGCUAAAGGCUUGCAAAUUAACAUUUAUACUUAUACCAUUAUGAUUAAAGGUCUCUGUAAACAAGGACUGUUUGAUAAAGCUGAAGACUUGCUGAUGAAUAUGGAAGAGAAUGGCUGCCUGCCAAACAACUGCACUUACAAUGUCUUUGUCCAAGGCUUGCUGACAAACAAGGAGGAGAUUGCGAGGUCAAUAAAAUACCUUAGAAUAAUGAGAGACAAAGGUUUUUCAGUAGAUGCUGCCACCACAGAAAUGAUUAUCAACUACUUAUCUACUCAUAAAGGAGACACCGGAAUUCAAGAAUUUUUGUUUCAAAAAAAUAGCACAUUUCGAGAGUUUCACUAG